CCGCCGCACUCGCGGGUUGCGCUGCUGCCGUGGCCGGGAGCGGCUCCUUCCACCUCCGCCUCCUCCUCCUGUUCCUCCUCCGCGCGGGGUGCUCGGCUGAGGCGAGGCAGUCGCUGCAUGAACGUUUGUCUCGGGAGUAGGAGCAGCACAAGCAGCCCCCAAAAUGCCGAAGCCGAUCAAUGUUCGAGUUGUUACUAUGGAUGCAGAGCUGGAGUUUGCCAUUCAGCCAAACACUACAGGCAAACAGCUAUUUGACCAGGUGGUUAAAACCAUAGGUUUGCGAGAGGUGUGGUACUUUGGUCUUCAGUAUGUGGACAACAAAGGAUUCCAGACUUGGCUGAAGCUUGAUAAAAAGGUUUCUGCUCAGGAAAUUAGAAAGGAGAAUCCUCUCCAAUUCAAAUUCCGUGCCAAGUUCUUCCCAGAGGAUGUGUCUGAAGAGCUGAUCCAAGACAUCACGCAGAAGCUUUUCUUCCUGCAGGUGAAGGAAGGGAUUCUCAGUGAUGAGAUCUACUGUCCUCCUGAAACAGCAGUACUUCUUGGUUCCUAUGCUGUGCAGGCCAAAUUUGGAGAUUAUAACAAAGAGGUGCACAAGCCUGGAUACCUCAAUUCAGAGCGUCUGAUCCCCCAAAGGGUCAUGGAUCAGCAUAAACUCUCCAGAGAGCAGUGGGAAGAACGGAUUCAGGUGUGGCAUGCUGAACACAGUGGCAUGCUCAAAGAGAAUGCCAUGCUGGAAUACCUGAAGAUUGCCCAAGACCUGGAGAUGUAUGGAAUCAACUACUUUGAAAUCAAGAAUAAAAAAGGAACUGACCUUUGGCUGGGGGUUGAUGCCUUGGGUCUCAACAUCUAUGAAAAGGAUGAUAAACUAACUCCAAAGAUUGGGUUCCCCUGGAGCGAAAUCAGAAACAUCUCCUUCAAUGACAAGAAGUUUGUUAUAAAGCCCAUUGACAAGAAGGCACCAGACUUUGUGUUUUAUGCCCCUCGUCUGAGAAUUAACAAGAGGAUCUUGCAGCUCUGCAUGGGCAACCAUGAACUGUAUAUGCGGCGCAGGAAGCCUGACACCAUUGAGGUGCAACAGAUGAAAGCCCAGGCCCGGGAAGAGAAGCACCAGAAGCAGCUGGAAAGGAAACAACUAGAAGAUGAAAAGAGGAGGAGGGAGACAAUUGAGAGGGAGAAAGAGCAAAUGCUGAGGGAGAAGGAGGAGCUCUUGGUGAGGCUACAGGAGUAUGAAGUGAAGACUCAGAAAGCAGAGAAAGAGCUCUCAGAUCAGAUCCAAAGAGCCAUUCAGCUGGAGGAGGAAAGGAGACGAGCCCAGGAGGAAGCAGAACGUUUGGAAGCUGACCGUUUAGCUGCUCUGCAGGCCAAGGAAGAGCUGGAAAGACAAACUAUGGACCAGAUAAAGAGCCAGGAACAACUGGCUACAGAGCUUGCAGAGUAUACAGCCAAGAUUGCACUUCUUGAAGAGGCAAGGAGGCGUAAAGAGAGCGAGGUUGAAGAGUGGCAAAUCAGAGCCAGGGAAGCCCAGGAGGAUCUGGUAAAGACAAAGGAGGAGUUACACCUGGUAAUGACUACUCCACCUCCACCUCCACCACCUGUCUAUGAGCCAGUGAACUACCAUGUCCACGAUAACUUGCAAGAUGAAGGCUCUGAGUACUCUGCCUACAGUGCAGAGUUCUCCAGUGAGGGGAUCAGGAAUGACCGCAAUGAGGAGAAGCGCAUUACUGAAGCAGAGAAGAAUGCACGUGUACAGAGUCAACUGAGGGCACUGACAGAUGAGCUGGCCCAGGCUAGAGAUGAAAAUAAGAGGACCCAAAACGACAUUAUCCACUCAGAGAACAUGCGACAGGGACGUGACAAGUACAAGACACUGCGGCAGAUCCGGCAAGGCAACACCAAGCAGAGAAUCGAUGAGUUUGAGGCGAUGUAACAAUGCUUGUAAGAAGACAGGACUGUGGGAAAGGCAGAUCUUAAUGCUGUGUUCUUAUUUUGGGUUUUUUUGUUGUGUUGGUUUUUUGGUUUGUUGUUGUUUUUUUUUUUCCUGAGGAGACAUCACUGUAUGACACUUAACAAAUGUUCUCUAAACCCAGAGGUGUUUAAAUCUCCCAUUUAUCCUGUACCUUCUCUGAAAUUUGAUAUAGUUAAAAACUUAUUGUACCACUGAUCCUGGUAACUUGCUCAUGCCUUUGCUUAGUGCCAAAAGGCCUUAUGUCACAUCUCUCUUUAAGCAAGACAAAUUUUAACAGGCUGUGCUUCUAGUUGAAGAUACAUGUCCUGUGCAGGUGCUGGAUUCAGCCUGGUCUAAAAAAUAAGCAUCUGUGGGUGAAUUUUGUGCCAUACGUCUUUGUAUUAUUAGUUACAGUGUGAAGUCCAGCAGUUGAGAAGACAGAUUCUGGAACUCAGGAUUUGCAAGCACCUGAGUGUGUACAACCUUGCACAUGUGCUUGUAUGCCCUGUUUUUUCCUUGGUCUUGAUGCCCAUGUUCCCCCUCCCCAGCCCCCCCCCCCACACAAAAGAACUGACAACACCUCAGAACUACUUUGUGUAGAAAUUAGGCGUUUUCUGGUUACUGUUCUCAACUGGAGAAUUUCUGCAGUGAUGGCUCAGAAGUGUGGCAAAGGGACACUCAUAUCCUCUUCACGUAACAAGUAGCAAAUACUCUGUUGGAAUCCAAAUACGCUACUGUGUUGGCAUUCCAACUUCAUUACUGAUCAGUUAUAGUGUAGUAUUUAUAUAUAUAUAUAUAUAAACAUGCAACAUGUGGAUUGCAGUACUAGUUUAAAGGGAAAUAGUUUUACUCUGUAUAUUUUGUUACUUUUCAGAUUUAAUAAGACUUUCGUCUGUAAAAAUGCCUAAACAGCACUGUAGUCUGAUACAGUGCAGCUGAUUAUUUACUAUAAAGCAUUAUUUGUAAAGAUCAUUUUUUUACUUAAUGAAAACUGUUAUAUGUACACAUGAUCCAGUAUAUACAAUUUUACUGCACCUAUUUUUCUAACAAAUUUUCUAAUUUUUUUAAAUGUUUGAUUUAAAGUUUCAGACUCCAAAGAUGAAGGGACUGCUUGUUUAUAUCACAGUUGAAUUCUCUCUAGUAGAGAGCAUUUCUGUGACCAUUCUUCCCCCAUUCUCCCCCUUUCCUUGAAAAUCUGUUAGAAAGUGAGAUACAGUAUGUUGUCACCUCUUCUCUUCCAUUUACAAUAUCUAUGCUGCAUUAUACGUGAGUAGAAUCUUGUGUGGGGUUUUUUUAUUUGCAGCAGCAAACAUCUAAAUAAAAGAUCUGCAAAGUAA